GUGCCUCUCAUCUGGACGGAACUCCUGAGGAGCUUAGAGAAAUUUUUCAUCCUCAUUGGGGGAAAUUUCCUCCACAGCAUCCACUAUUUGGACACAUGGCGGGGAUUGCCUAUGUGUUUCUCUGGUUCAUGAGUUUUAUCGGAAAUGGUCUGGUUAUCUACAUCUUUCUCAAGACUAAAAGUCUGCGUACUCCAACAAAUAUGUUUGUUGUGAAUCUAGCAAUAUCUGAUCUAUGCAUGAUGACAAGCAUGGGAGUUCCAGUUAUAUUCAACCAGUUUGUUGAGAGAUAUUGGGCCUGGGGAAUCCUAGGUUGUAAGAUCUACGGGUGUCUGGGAGCCAUCUUUGGAACCUGUUCUAUCAUGACAAUGGUUGUGAUCGGCUAUGAUCGAUACAAUGUUAUCGUUAAAGGGUUUUCGGGCGUGAAAAUCAGCGCUGGAAAGGCUGCUGCUAUUAUAACCCUGCUAUGGACAUAUUGUAUUGUUGUCUGCUGUCCUCCAUUUAUUGGCUGGGGAGGAUAUGCUGCUGAGGGACUUCUGUUGACCUGCAGCUAUGAUUAUCUUACAGAGAAUUGGAACAUCAAAAGUUUUUUUCUGUAUGCUCUCAUAUUUAAUUACAUCUUUCCUCUUCUCCUCAUCUCAGUAUUUUAUGCCCAGAUUGUAAAAGCAGUUGUAUCCCAUGAAGCAGCAUUGAAAGCUCAGGCUAAGAAGAUGAAUGUAGAAUCUCUGAGAUCUGGAGAUCAGAGUGGGGAGAGUGCUGAGAUGAAGAUCGCUAAGGUUGCUAUAACCAAUGUUAUGCUCUGGUUUAUAAUCUGGACUCCGUAUGCAGUGAUCACCUCUAUUGCAUGUUUUGGAAACCCAAUGCUUGUUUCACCACUCGUCUCUCAACUGCCAGCUUUUCUAGGAGCUUCUCAUUUUGAUGGAAUUCCCGAGGAUUUGAUGGAAAUUUUUGAUCCCCACUGGGGGAAAUUUCCGCCUCAGCUUGGAAAUGGACUUGUUAUCUACAUUUUCCUCAAGACUGCUAGCCUGAGGACUCCGACCAAUAUGUUUGUUGUAAACCUGGCAGUCUCUGAUCUUUGUAUGAUGACAACUCAGGGGCUGCCGGUUGGAAUAAAUAUGUUUAUUGAAAGAUACUGGAUUUAUGGAGUAUUGGCCUGCAAAGUCUAUGCUUGCCUGGGGGCAAUAUUUGGAACCUGUUCUAUCUUAACGAUGGUUGUUAUUGGAUAUGAUCGGUACAAUGUUAUCGUGAAAGGGUUUAGCGGAGUCAGGAUCACUGGCGCCAAGGCAGCAGGAAUCAUCCUCUUCAUGUGGGCUUAUUGUGUAGCAGUUAGUGCUCCUCCUUUCAUAGGCUGGGGAGGAUAUGCUGCUGAGGGUCUACUGCUAACCUGCAGCUAUGAUUACUUGAAACAGGAUUGGAACCACAAGAGUUUUAUGCUUCAUGCAUUCAUCUUUAAUUAUCUUUUCCCUCUCUUCCUUAUUUCUAUAUUUUAUGCCCAGAUUGUAAAAGCAGUUGUAUCCCAUGAAGCAGCAUUGAAAGCUCAGGCUAAGAAGAUGAAUGUAGAAUCUCUGAGAUCUGGAGAUCAGAGUGGGGAGAGUGCUGAGAUUAAGAUCGCUAAGGUUGCUAUUACAAAUGUUCUGCUAUGGUUCUGUAUUUGGUCCCCCUAUGCUAUCGUUACCAUGAUCGGAUGCUUUGGGAACAGUAUGCUUGUUACACCGUUGGUAUCUCAGCUCCCAGCUUUUCUUGCUAAAACUGCGUCAGCAAUUAACCCUGUAAUAUACGCAAUCUCUCACCCCAAAUACCGCGAAGCACUAGCCCAAAAUGUUCCAUGUCUGGGAAUUGGCGACAAGCCGAAAGAGGGCGGCGAGGAUGUAUCAGCAGUUACAAAAACCUAAAUUAAUUUAUGCAUUUAUAACAGAAAAUAUAAUAACCACAAAAUCAAAAA